GUAUAUUUGUUAAUUACUUUCAUUUUUUUAUCAUUUAGCGUUUCAAAGGAAAAUGCAAAUGAAAUGUGAAGCUUAGAAGUGCAAUGCAAGGAUGAUAAAUGAUAAAUGUUGUUGCUCACAUUAAGCCAAAUAAUCCGAAAAUCCGCGUUCUGUAGCACCAUUUUCUUCUUCUCUCUUUCUCUCUAGCUUUCAGGUUCUUAAAUAUGGGACUCGCCCUGGGUUGUCUUCAAGUGGAGCAGUCAACAGUAGCUAUCAGAGAAGUUUUCGGGAAAUAUGAUGAUGUGCUUGAGCCUGGUUGCCAUUGUGUCCCCUGGUGCAUGGGCAAUCAAAUAGCUGGUUAUCUUUCUUUGCGUGUGCAGCAGCUAGAUGUUUGGUGUGAAACCAAGACAAAGGACAAUGUUUUUGUAACUGUUGUUGCAUCUGUCCAAUAUCGAGCACUGGCAGAAAAGGUGGUGGAUGCUUUUUACAGACUUACCAAUACCAGAGAACAGAUCCAAGCCUAUGUCUUUGAUGUUAUCCGGGCAACUGUUCCGAAAAUGGAACUAGAUUCUUCUUUUGAACAGAAGAACGAAAUUGCAAAAGCUGUUGAGGAAGAGCUUGGAAAGGCGAUGUCUGCUUAUGGGUAUGAGAUAGUUCAGACUCUCAUUGUGGAUAUUGAACCAGAUGAGCAUGUGAAGAAAGCCAUGAAUGAGAUAAAUGCGGCUUCAAGAUUUAGGGCGGCUGCAAAUGAGAAAGCUGAAGCAGAGAAGAUUCUGCUCAUCAAAAGGGCAGAGGGAGAUGCAGAAUCGAAGUAUCUAGCAGGGCUUGGAAUAGCUCGUCAGCGUCAAGCCAUAGUGGACGGACUGAGGGACAGUGUUCUAGCAUUUGCGGAAAAUGUCCCAGGGACAUCAUCAAAGGAUGUCAUGGACAUGGUUCUUGUGACUCAAUACUUUGACACAUUGAAGGAGAUCGGUGCGUCCUCAAAAUCCAAUUCUGUUUUUGUUCCACACGGACCAGGUGCUGUAAAAGAUAUCGCUUCACAAGUCAGAGAUGGUCUUCUCCAAGGGAGUGCGGCUUGCCAUGAAGUUUAAAAUAUCGUAUCAUCAAAAUUUUGGGAAUUUAUUAGAUUCUAAACAUCGUAGAGUAUCUAUCAAUUUUUAAUUGUGGCCCAAAUCUGAUUGAUCUGCCCAUGUGUGUCUACUUAAAUAGAGUAGAGAAUAGAAGUUUGGGUAUUCAGUUAUUUUAUUUCAGAUUGUUAGUGCAGGCUCACGCACAACCUGUGGAUAUUUGUUAUAGUUUUGUUUCAUUCAAUCCUCAAUAAAACAUCACCAUUCUCUUCAAAAUCUUACAGAGGGAAAUCGGCAUGCCCUGAUUUGAUGGCAGCGGUGAUGCCUAUUGGUAGUUGAUUUGUUGUCAUUGGAACACUGGUGGGAGUCUAUGAACGAGGGAGUUUAUCAAUUGUUGAAUAAACUCCUCAUUCAUGGAAAGAAUUCAGAAAGAGUAUAAAAUAUAAAAAAGAGGAUAUUUAUUUUGAUCUAUUGGAAAAUCACCAUCGAA